GCUCUCCGUAAGUGAAAAGCGCGUGUAGUCAACCUCCAUCUCUGCAAGUAGGCACUGUACUACUAGAAUACAAAAUUCUCAGCCAACCAAAAAAAUCAACGUUCAUCGUUCAAAUUCUUUCGAUUUCGCCGGCGAUGAUAUGAAAUCCCCCAAAAUCUGCAAAAACGAUUUAUCUGUUUAUACAUACAGGAAUCAAUCUUGGAAACGGGUUACUAAGAAAUUAGAAGAUACUAAUUGAGGAGAAUAUAGUAGUGUGCUGUACUCAUCCACAAAGUUCAAAUGGAAGCACGCCCUGCUGUGUCUGUUCAAAGGGUGGUUGCAAAUCAACUCAGUAAUUGUGGUGCAUCAGGGGCACUUUCUUCUUCCUUCUCUAUGUUUCCAACAGCCCUAGGAGAAAAGUACCCUAAGUUUCCAGACUUGCAGCAGGCUUCGAUGGAGAAGGAGCUCAAGCAACAUCCUGGAACUGUUGUCUCUUCUUUGCCUUCCAACAGUGGGGCUGUUGGUCUUAUGUUCUCAUCAUCAUCAGGAUUUUCCGCAGAUCUUCAGUUCUCAUCUGUUUCACCCCAGGAAAAGCAUCCAGGAUCUGCACCUUUCAUUUCUCAGUCAACAUAUAGUGAGACAUCGAUCCAAUUACCUCAUUCGGGAGUUCUUCAGUCCACAGCAUCAAGCCAAUAUUUGAAUGAAAACCAUGAACCCUGGUGUACAGAUCCAUUGCCUAAUUUCCUUGAUUAUUCGAUGAAUAACCCUGUCCAGAAUAGUCAGGUAGCUUGUAGCGAUAAACAAAGUGAUUGGCAGGAGUGGGCCGACCUUGUACUCAAUGAUGAAGAUGCUUUGCCUUCUAAUUGGAACGACAUCAUUGCUGAUACAAGUAUUGGCAACUCGGAGCUGAAGAUGCAAUUUCAGGAGGAAAAACAACCUUUGAAUUUCCCAAUGCAGCAAGUCCAAGCAUCACAGCAAAUCCCAGCUGUGCCUGUAGAAACUUCGGCUAUUGCUCCUGUAUCAUCCCCUGCAAGUAGUGCUGCAACAAAGCAACGCAUGCGUUGGACUCCAGAACUUCAUGAAGCCUUUGUUGAAGCAGUCAACAAGCUUGGUGGAAGUGAAAGAGCUACUCCCAAAGGGGUGCUAAAAAUGAUGAAAGUUGAGGGUUUGACCAUCUACCAUGUUAAAAGCCAUUUGCAGAAAUAUCGAACAGCUAGAUAUAAACCAGAAGCAUCAGAAGCUGGGUGUUCAGAGAAGAAACAAUCUUCACUAGAUGAUUUGGCAUCUCUGGACUUAAAGACGGGAAUUGAGAUCACUGAAGCAUUACGAUUGCAGAUGGAAGUUCAGAAGCGUCUCCAUGAACAGCUUGAGAUUCAAAGAAAUCUGCAGCUUCGUAUAGAAGAACAAGGGCGAUACCUCCAGAUGAUGUUUGAGAAGCAGUGCAAGUCAAUUCCUGGCGCAGACCCAACUAAAGGCUCAUCAUCUUCCACAGCAGAUGAUGCCUUUGCACAGUUGUCACAGGUUGACACUGCUAAAGAAGUUGAUCACGAGAAACAGAAAGAGCAGGAAAGAGAAGUUCUUGGAGAUCCUGAGACAAAUAUAACCAGCACAUCUGAUUCACCACCUUUGAAGCGCUCUAAAUUGGAUGAAUAAGCAUUUGUAGGUUCAAAACACCAUUGGUAGACUGUAGAAUAGUAAUAUAUUGACGCUUGGAACAUCAAAUCCUUGAGUAGAACGGAGUUGGCUCGUGAAGGAGCUAAAAAUAUCAUGAUAUUCUUUUCAUAGACAUUAUCUCGAGGGGCCAUGGCGUGUCCUCUCAUUUGACAUAGAUCAUAAAGAAAUAUCAAACCUUUGAUGUUAGAUUUGUGGCAUUUCAGAGUCAUCUUGGAAGGAAAACGAGGAACUAUUUGUUGUCCUCGUCGUAUCAAAUUCCAUCAUCUGGAAAUGUAGCUUGUCUGAACAUGAAUUGUUCUGUUAUAGUCUUAUGUAUCAGGAAGGAAAAUACUUCUUAUUGCUUGAAUUCUCAUCAGUCACAUUAUGUAAAUAUAAUCUUUGGCUAAGGA